AUGCUGGAGAAGCUGAGGGCCUGGAAGGAGCGCAACUACGACUGCAUCGUGCCGCGCAAGGUGCAUGAUGCGGGGGACUUGGGGGAGUGGGUACACCACGUGCGCCUGCUGCACCGCCGCGGUCAGCUGCCGGCGGCCGCGCAGCACCAGCUGGAGGCACUGAGCUUCAGCUGGGUGGUGGAUGGUGUGACGGCGAAGUGGUACCACAACUUGCACGCAGCACGGCGGUAUCGAGAGGUGCACGGCAGUGGUGACAUCCCGCCAGACUUUGCUGAUCCCUCGCAUCCCGACUGGGUGGAAGCGGCGCGCUGGCUGGCACGGCAGCGUGACCUAUACGGCCGCCAGAAGCUGCUCCUAGUGCGGGUGCGACUGCUCAAGGAGCUCCUGGGUGUGAAGCUGCAUCGCGAGUAUUCACGGCCGCGGCGCAACAUGCAUGCGGUGCUGCGGGAGGGCAACGCACGAUUCAGGGGAGGGCAACGCACGAUUCAGGGCGGAGCAGCAGCCAAGAUCUACGGUGCAUUGUAA